AUGGUUUAUUCAGGAAACCAUGCAUAUAAAAAAGAUUCUGGCGAGGAGCCCCGGCCAUCUAGGCGGAAACAGAAACCUUUCCUUUUCAGGGUUUGGAAGUUUCUCCGUCAUGCUGCAACAGGAGUCAUUCAUGGAGAAAAACCUCUACUACUAGACCUAGAGAUACCAGCUAGGUAUAGGCCUAACAGCAUCACUUCUCUAUCUGCUACAACUGGGUUUAGUGUUCCCGAAUUAAAGAGGAUGUACGCCAGUUUUAAAAACGAGUGCCCAGCUGGGUUAAUUACACCAGAGAUAUUUCAUACAAUAUUCUCGAAAUUCUUCCCUCUAGGAGCUAAUCUGAGUUCCUACUCCAAUUAUAUAUUCUCAGCUUUGGACAGAAGGAGCACAGGGCUCAUUACAUUCGAGGACUUUGCUCUGGGCUUGGCGAUGCUCAUUAAGGGAACAGCUGAGGAGCGUCUACGGUGGGCAUUUUCUGUAUACGACAUUAACAAGGACGGAGUUCUAACUCAAGAAGAAAUACGAGAUAUCACCACCUCGGUUUAUGAUUUAUUGGGACAUCCAGGGGGAGAAAAGGAGAAAGGAGGAGGGCCUAAUGAAGUUUUUAUCACCAGAAAAUCUGAAAUCAUUUUCAAGAGGUUGGAUUUGAACGGAGACGGACAGAUAACUCUGGAAGAAUUUAUGUCUGUUUGUCUGAGGGACUCUGCCAUAUUCAGUUCAUUGGAGUCUCUUUCUCCGACCGUUCCUGUCACCAUGUUUAAAUAAAGUGUUCGGCAGCAACUGGCAGGAAGUGUGUACAGUAAAACCGGUUUUCAAACAAUACAAGCCGCAGCCAUCAUCCAUCCUAAAUAUGAACCUCAACCUUUAAAACUGUAGAUUUCUCGCUUAGAAUCCAUAUCAUAUACAUUAAGAUCUUUAAGGUUCUAUAAGCGUAAUUUAAAAUGACUUUCCAUUUAUAGAGUGGCAUGUUCGGGUCAGUAUGGUACCCUUGAUACCUUUGUCGAAGCAUGAACAUGUAGAUUUAUUGAGAAUGACUUGAAAUUAAGUUUGCGUUCCCUUAAAUAUGAGACAAUUAAAAAUACCUUCCAAUAUCAUUACAUCCGAGGAGAAAUAGGUCAAGGUCACUGUAAACUAAACAGAAGAGGACGGUCAACUUUUUGAAACGUUACUGGUGUGACUUUGUGACCUCAUAACUCCUCUAAUUUUGAUCUUACAAAUAAAUAUGAGAAAACAAAUUUAUCCAGUUACAUAUACUCAAUGGUUCUUUAAUAGAAGGAGGUAUGAUAGAAUAUAUACUCAAUGGUUCUUUAAUAGAAGGAGGUAUGAUUGAAAACAUGAUAUAAGAUUUCAAACAUACUAACAAUUUACUUUAGUUUAAAGUUUGUUUAAAUAUCAUUGGGACGCCACGCUGUAUUUAAUUAUAUAUCUCUACAUAAAAAUACAUUUGUUUUAGUUAUUUCAAUCAAAAAUUACGCAUUUAUAAUACGUCUUAGCAAAUUGUAAAAAACUUUUUUCAUUUCCGUACUCUAUCAUUUUUGGCUUAAGAUACAUAAUUUAAAAAUCGGUAAAUAGUGUUAGCCAAAGGAAAUGAGUUUUUGCCACAAACUCUAACUGUUUCCCCCCA